CAGUCAAGUGGGCAGCACUAUAUUCAAGUGACGUGGAACGCUAGAAAUGCUCGAGCGUGGAAACUUCGCUGCUGGAUUUGAAUUAAAUAGCCACUGCCGGACUGCUGGAUAGCUAAAAUGUUGGACUUUGUGGUGGUAUUCACGAAGGGCGGCGUCGUGCUGUGGAACUCGAAGUCGAAUGGGAGCACCAGUACCCCGUCCGAGAGCACUUUCUCCUCCUGCAUCAAUGGCCUGAUCCGUGGCGUGAUCCUGGAGGAACGCAAUACUGAGGCCAAGUACUAUGAGGAGGACCAUCUGGCUGUGCAGUUCAAGCUAGACAAUGAACUGGACCUGGUCUAUGCAGCCGUAUUCCAAAAGGUCAUUAAGCUGACCUACCUGGACACUUUCCUGGCCGACAUGCAGCUGGCCUUUAGGGAGAAGUUCGGCGGCAUCUCUGCCGCUGGUCGCCUCUCGGAAUCUUAUGACUUUGAUCGGGAAUUCAAACGCGUCCUGAGCGCCGCCGAAGAGGCUUCCGCCAAGCAGGUGAAGGCUCCCAAGGCUAUGCGCUCCUACAACGAAUCGCAAAAGUCGAAGAAGACCGUCGCCUCGAUGAUCCAGGACGAUGGAAAGAAGUCCGCGCCGGAGAAGCGUGUAAACAUCCAGGAGACGCAGCCACAGCAGCAGGCACCGUUGUCGCCGCGCUCCAAGGAGGAAAUCAUAGCCGAGAACAGGCGCAAGCUGAGGGAGAAACUGACGCCCACCAAGAAGACCUCGCCGGGCGAUACCAAGCCGAGCAAGUCCUCGGCCAGCGAAAAGGCGGGUAAGAAGCCGCGCGUCUGGGAUCUGGGUGGUAAUUCCAAGGACGCCGUGCUGCUGGACCGAUCCAAGGAUGCUCCCGAGGAUGUCCAAUACCAGAGCAUCAACAGCGACCUGGUGGGCACCAUGCAGGGCGUGAUUCCCGACUUGGAUGUGGAGAGCGAGGACGAUGAGGCCAACGGCACCGACUCCACGGACGAGGAGGAGAGUGAGGAACUGGUGCAGUCGAGGAAGAACAAACGUGGCGGCGGCCUGCUGUCGUACUUCAAGGGUAUCGUUGGCGCCAAGACCAUGUCGCUGGCGGAGCUGCAGCCGGCGCUGGAGAAGAUGCGCGAUCAUCUGAUAUCCAAGAACGUGGCCGCCGAGAUAGCGGCCAAGCUGUGCGAUUCGGUGGCCAGCAGCCUGGAGGGCAAACAAAUGGGAACGUUCGACAGUGUCGCUGGACAGGUUAAGGAGGCACUGACACAGUCGCUUGUGAGGAUUCUGUCGCCCAAGCGGCGCAUCGACAUCAUCCGCGAUGCCCUGGAAUCGAAGCGCAACGGACGACCCUACACCAUCAUCUUUUGCGGCGUGAACGGUGUGGGCAAGUCCACCAAUCUGGCCAAGAUCUGCUUCUGGCUGAUUGAGAACGACUUCAACGUACUGAUCGCCGCCUGUGACACGUUCCGUGCCGGAGCUGUGGAGCAGCUGCGCACCCACACCCGCCAUCUGAACGCCCUGCAUCCGGCGACCAAGCACAACGGCCGCACCAUGGUCCAGCUGUACGAGAAGGGCUACGGCAAGGACGCCGCCGGCAUCGCCAUGGAGGCCAUCAAGUUCGCCCACGACACCAAGGUCGAUGUGGUGCUGGUGGACACAGCCGGACGCAUGCAGGACAACGAGCCACUCAUGCGUUCCCUUUCCAAGCUGAUCAAGGUGAAUAAUCCGGAUCUGGUGCUAUUUGUUGGCGAGGCUCUCGUGGGCAACGAGGCCGUGGAUCAACUGGUCAAGUUCAAUCAGUCCCUGGCCGACUACUCCUCCAACGAGAAUCCGCACAUCAUCGACGGCAUCGUCCUCACCAAGUUCGACACCAUUGACGACAAGGUGGGCGCCGCCAUCUCGAUGACCUACAUCACCGGCCAGCCCAUCGUGUUUGUGGGCACGGGCCAGACCUAUGCCGACCUCAAGGCCAUCAACGUGACCGCGGUGGUCAACUCGCUUAUGAAGUAGACGCCACUCCUCCAUCCUGUCGUCAGCCUCUCCUCUAUUCCGAUCUUUGUUUACCUGCUUUCCUCCUCAUUUUGUUUCUUCCCAGGAUUAAAUAUAGUGCUUUUGUCCAUUUUGUUGUUGAAAA